AUGGGGAAGAUCGGCAACCGAUGGCAAGAUGUUGAUGUGGUGCCAAGCAUAGCUGAUUCAUGGAGAUAUGCUACAAUUGUCACUCGAGGCCAUGAUGGCUUCGUGCUGGGAUCGCACAAACAAGAAGAGUCGCUUGAUCAGAAAGAAUCUUUGUUGGAUGCCAACCUUGAAGUUGCAAAUGAAUACAACAAGGAACUAUCAAAAGAUGAUUUUGAAUGGGAUUCUGUUGAUGAAAAUGUUGUUACAACUGUGGACUGGCCCAAAAAGGACAUCCAUUAUGCUCCAGCUCACCUUUUUUGGUGGAUCCACGCGUGUGGGUUUCCUCGGCAUUACCCUCUCCUCCACAGAAAGCUUGCGUCCGCGGCUGCUCUCUUUUUCCACACGGGCGCGUUGCGGCGGCGAUUCCCCACCGGCGAGAUUUCGACGGACGAACUGGAGGUCAACGGGAGCGGUGGAGCUAACAUCACCGGAUGGAAAAGUGAUGUGUUCCCGGUGGAAUCCCAAGAUUCCAUGAGUGCUCCAUCCCUAGAGCUUGAGAAGGACGAAGAAGCAGCGGUGGUUGGAGAUGGGCAGAGAUACGAGGUGUGCUCUGAAGCUACAAGCGGCUGGACGAGGAGGGUGAGGCUCGGGAAAGCACCUGGUGAGAGGGACAUGAACCACGACAGGAAAACCGCGGUUGAGCUGUUUGUCCGUGCUUAUGCUGAAAAAUGUGAAGGGCAUGUCAUCAAUCCAACAAUUGGCACGGAAUUUGACUCGUUGGAUGAGGCAUAUGAGUUCUACAACCUAUAUUCAUGGGAAACUGGGUUUGGUAUACUGCUGGCGAAGAGCAGGCUCAAUGUGCAGAGAACAAGAUGUAUGCAAGAGAUUGUGUGUGCAUGCGCGGUACGUUUGUCUAAAAAAAAGCAUGCUUCUUCCUGGUUUUUUGCACGGUACGUCUGUGUAAAUUCAGAUCAACCGCUCGUGUCUUACAAUGUGCUGCUGUUUACCAAACAAAAAUCUUGGUUUUUUGCACGAGCUGCUGAAAGUUUCUUCCUGGUAAAUUGUGAAAUGUAUCAAUAGUUUUGGACUGAAAUCUGCCAUCAUAUAGAUAUGCAUUUGAUAAG